AUGGACCAGUCGAGUGGCGUCGUGUCCCCUUUUUGUGAAGACAACGUCUUGAAGAAAAGCAGCAAACUUUGCCAAAUGGCUGAUGUCAGCAGCAGCAGCAACAAGCGGCUCUUUGUGGCCCGCCUCGUGGGCUGUACGUACAGCUGCGCUCCCCAGCGCGUUCUGCACAAGGAAUUUAUUGCUGCUCUGCAGCAAACGGGACAGCAGCAGCAGCAGCAGCAGCAGUUUGAUUGGAUUACCAGCAGAGUCGAAACUCCAAUUUGCAUCACCGCCAUGUCAAUGCGCUGCGACUGCGGACUUGGGUUUUUUUUUUCUGUUUUGUUUUCGCCGUCAGCAGCAGCAGCAGCAGCAAAAGAGCAGCAGCAGCAGCAGCAGCAAAUCAGAAAGCAAAUUGAACAAGCACUCAGCAGCAGCUGCUGCAGGCCACGCCGGCCUGACAGAAAAUGA